CACACUACAUGUCCCCGAAGUCCCCGCGGCCGGAAAUAAGCUUCCUGUCAGAGCGCGACCGUUGGUGUCAGAGCGCGACCGUUGGUGCCAGAGCGCGACCGGAGGUGCCAGAGCGCGACCGUCCGGAGGUGCCACAUCACAGCUGGGACGGCAGACGCGCGGAGUGAUUUGCGGAGUCGGCGGAGGAGCCGCAGCUCGCGGCUUGUGCUUUUGGGACGAGUUGUCAGCGCUGUUAAUGCUGGAACGAGCUGAGCUGCGCAGCGGCUGUGGGAGCGCGGACUCUUGAUGUGGACCGGACCGCUGGGACCCGGCAGGACGCCGGAGAAGCAGAAGACGUGAGAGCGGUUGUGUUAAGCUGCGAGAAUGACCAGAUAAAGAAGCUUGUCUCCAAGUCACAGACCUGAUGUCAGAAUGAGAAUUUUAGAGCCAGAAACAGCCUCACGUUCGGGGGGCUGAGAAGAGAGGAGGCAAAAAUCGAGGUAGUAAGAUUACAGUUUCCCCUCAGGAAUCCACCUGGGGAGCCCUAUGCGGAUUCUCGACUUCCACUCUGGUUCCCAAAGAGGGAGGGCAUCAUUGCUCAGGUGACCAGAGAACAAGGGAAGAGUAGCUGUUGGACAACUAAGAUUUUUAUCCAAGGGAUCGAACCCAUGUCCCCUGCAGUGGAAGCACGGAGUCUGAACCACUUGCACCUCCAGGGAAGUACCACCAAAUUUUUUAAAUGAACAAAGAAUUGGAAUAUACAUUUCUCCAAAGAAAAUACACAAAUGACAAAUAAGCACAUAAAGAUGUUCAACAUCAUUGUGGAAAUGCAAAUCAAAAUCAUGACAUACCACUUCAGACCCACUAGAAUGAAUUUAAUGCAAAAGAUGGCGAAGAUGUGGAAAAAAUGGAACUUUGAUAUAUUGGUGGAACUGUAAGAUGAUGCAGCUGCUUUGAAAAAGAGUUGGCAGUUCCUCAAAAAGGACUCAGCACUUCUCCAGAGGAGGACUAAUAAUUUUCCCUUCUAAGCCAUGCCCCAUAGUUUGGUGUCAUUCAAGGAUGUGGCCAUAGACUUCUCACAGGAAGAGUGGGAGUGCCUGGACUUGCAACAGAAGGAUUUGUACAGAGACGUGAUGUUGGAGAACUACAGCAACCUGGUCUCACUGGCAGGAUUUUCCAUUUCUAAGCCAGAUGUGCUCUCCUUAUUGGAGCAAGGGAAGGACCCUUGGAAGGUUGUACGGGAUGUGACAAGAGGUCUGAGCCCAGACUGGGAAUCCAGGUGUGAAACCAAGAAGCUAUCAUCAAAAAGAGAAAUUUAUGAACUAGAAGCAUCUCAAUGGGAGAUAGUAGAACAACUUACAAGCCGUAAGUGUGAGUGCAAAAGUUUUCAAGAUGAUAAGGAAUGCAGAGACCAGUUUGAAAGCCAUUUAGGAAAUAAAGAGGGACUUUUUAGGCAACUAGUAGUCUAUGAAGAAAUGCCUAAUUUUAGUCAAACCACAUCCCUUACAUUACAACAGAGAAUUCAUUCUACUGAGAAAUUCUAUGAAUGUAAAGCGUGCAGAAAAUAUUUUAUCCUUGGCUUUCAACAGACUGAACAUCAGAAAAAUCAUUCUGAUGAAAAAUUCUAUGAAUGUAAAGAAUGUGGAAAGGCCUUUAUUUGGGACUCACAACUUACUUACCAUCAGAGAGUUCAUGUUGCUAAGAAACCCUAUGAAUGUAAGGAAUGUAGAAAAGCUUUUAUCUGUGCCUCGCAACUUAUUUGUCAUCAAAGAAUUCAUACUGGAGAGAAACCUUAUGAAUGUAAAGAGUGUGGGAAGGCCUUUAUUCGUAGCUCUCAUCUUACUCAGCAUCAAAUAAUUCAUACUGGUGAAAGACCCUAUGAAUGUAAUGCAUGUGGGAAGGCCUUUUUUCGUGGCUCACAACUUACUUACCAUCAGAGAGUUCAUACUGCAGAGAAACCCUAUCAAUGUAAGGAAUGUGGAAAGGCCUUUAUUCGUGGCUCUCAACUUACUGAACAUCAGAGAAUUCAUACUGGUGAGAAACCCUAUGAAUGUAAGAAAUGUGGGAAAGCCUUUAGUUAUGGUUCACAGCUUACUCUACAUUAUAGACUCCAUACUGGUGAAAAGCCUUAUAAAUGUAAAGAUUGUGAGAUGUCCUUUAUUCGUGGCUCACAACUUACUGAACAUCAGAGGAUCCAUACAGGUAAGAAACCACACGAAUGUAAACAGUGUGGAAAGGCCUUUAACUAUGGCUCACAGCUUAUUCGACAUCAGAGGAUUCAUACUGGCGAGAAACCAUAUGAAUGUCAAGAAUGUGGGAAAUCAUUUAUUCGUGGCUCACAACUUACUGAACAUCAAAAAAUUCACACUGGUGAAAAACCCUUUGAAUGUAAGGAAUGUAGGAAAGCCUUUAUUCGUGGCUCACAUCUUACUCAGCAUCAGAGAAUUCAUACUGGUGAAAAGCCCUAUGAAUGUAAAGAAUGUGGAAAGGCCUUUAUUUAUGGCUCACAACUGUCUCAACAUCAGAAAAUUCAUACAGGUGAGAAUCCCUAUGAAUGUAAGCAGUGUGGGAAGAUCUUCAUUUGUGCCUCACAACUUAAUCUACAUCAGAUUUUUCAUACUGGUAGGAAACCAUAUGAAUGUAAGGAAUGUGGUAAGACUUUUAUUCGUAGCUCACAGCUAACUUACCAUCAGAGAGUUCAUACUGGUGAGAAGCCCUAUGAAUGUAAUGAAUGUGGGAAGGCCUUUAUUCGCGGUUCACAUCUGACUCAGCAUCAGAGAAUUCAUACUGGUGAGAAACCAUACAAAUGUAACGAAUGUGGAAAGGCCUUUAAUCGUGGAUCACAACUUACUCAACAUCAGAGAAUUCAUUCUGGCGAGAAGCCUUAUAAAUGUAAUGCAUGUGGUAAGGACUUUAGACGUCAUUCACACCUUACUCAACAUCAGAAACUUCAUAAUGGAGAAAAACUGUAUGAAAAAAUUAAUUUAGUAAAUCCUUUACCUGUUUGUCCAUGACAUUCACCUUUGGGAUAUCAGAAAAUUCAGAUUAUGAAUGUGAGAAUCCUUUUUUACUUAAACUCAUAAGUAACUCACCUUCAGAGAAUUCACAUUUAAGAAAGGCUAGAUUAAUAUAAGUGCAGAAUUACUUUCCAUCAUAUUUCAAUCCUAGUUAGACAUUAGUGAAUUCAUACGAGAGCUCAACCCUAAAAUGUAGGGUUCUCUUGUACAGUAUCACCUGAGCUCCACCAUUUAGUAUGUGGGUGUUCCUUUGCAAAAGUUACUUAACCCCUGUUUGUUUUAGUUUCCAUUAAUAUCACAUAUUUCAUCAUAGUGUUCUGCAAUUUAAAGAAGUAAAUACAUAUACCGUAAAGCCUUAAAGCAAUGUGUGCUACAUAGUUAAUGCUUAAUAAAUGUUAACUAUUAUUGUAAACAUUACUUUUAUUUAGUGUUUUAAUCAUUACUUUUAAUCUUACUUUACAGAAUUCAAAUGAGAAGGAAACUUUACAAAUACAAUACAUACGGUAAAUCUUUCAUCACUCUUACUAAGCCUCAGGUAAAUCAUUUUGGAACAAAACAUUCUAAUAUUAUUAAUGUGAGGUUAUACCUGAUUCUGAAUCAAAAUUCUUACUAAAAGGAAACCCUAAGGGGAAAAAAGUGUUUUGCCCUUACAAAUAAAGCUGCUUGUGAACAUUUUUGUAUAAAUUUUUGCGUGAACAUAAACUUCCAUUUCUCUGGUCUAAAGUUUAAGAGAGUAGUUUCUGGGUUAUAUAGUAAAUGAACGUUUCUCUUAUAAGAAAUGGACAAAUCAUUUUCCAAAGUGGCUUUUCAAUUUUAUAUUCACACCAGGAACAUGAGUGACAGUUUCUCUGUAUCUCUACCAGCAUUUGGUUUUUUCACCAUUUUUUAAUCUUAGCCAUUCUGAUAGGUGUGUAAUGAUAUCUCUUUGUGGUUAUAAUUUCCAUUUCCCUAGGGGCUAAUGAUGGUGUGCUUAUUUGCCAUCCCUGUAUCCAUUGUGGUGAAAUGACUGCUUCAUUUUUGAAUUGUAUCUUUUUUUUUAACUGUUGGAUUGUGAGAGAGUGCUUUCUUUAUUCUAGACAAUACUAGUCCUUUGUUUGAUAUGUAGUUUGCAAAAAUUUUCCCCAGUGCAUAGCUUUUCAUCCUUUUAGCAGGGUUUUUUGAAAAGCAAAACUUUUUAAUUUUGAUAAGGUCUAGCUUAUUACUUUUUCCUUUUACGGAUUUAGCUUUUGGUGUUAAAUCUAAGGACUUGGGCUUCCCUGGUGGCGCAGUGGUUGAGAGUCCGCCUGCUGAUGCAGGGGACAUGGGUUCAUGCCCUGGUCCGGGAAGAUCCCACAUGCCGCGGAGUGGCUGGGCCCGUGAGCCGUGGCCGCUGAGCCUGCACGUCCGGAGCCUGUGCUCCACAGUGGGAGAGGCCACAACAGUGAGAGGCCCGCGUACGGUAAAAAACAGAAAACAAAAAAAACCUAUAUAUAUAUAUAUAUAUAUAUAUAUAUAUAUAUAUAUAUAUAUAUAUAUAUAUGGACUCCUUUUCUAGCUCCAGAUCCCAAAGAUAUUCUCCUACAUUUUUGCCUGAAGUUUUCAUGGUUUUAUGUUUUGCAUUUAAGUCUGUGAUCCAUUUUGAGUUAAUAUUUGCAUACAUUAUAAACUUUAGCUUCAUGUUAUUUCUUUGUUUUUGUUGCCUUAUGGGUGUCCAGUUGUUCUAGUACCAUUUGUUGAAAAGACUACCUUCAAUAAAUUGAUUUUGUGCCUUUA